AUGGAGAAUCCGAGCGCAGAUAAAAGUACACCUUCGGCUGAAUCUUCUCAGGCGGAGCAGUGCAAAUCGCAGCCGCAGAAUGCGCAGUAUGAAACAGCGCCUGGAAAAACAUCCGCUUUUUUGGGUUACGUCCCAGCAGUGGUGACUAAUGCCCAAGGAAGAAUCCAGAAUGGAACUGGUACCACAACUGCUGCUCCGGUAUUUCCAGCCGCCGCUCCGGUGGUUCCAGCCGCCGUUCCGGUGGUUCCAGCCCCAGCUCCUGUAGUUCCAGCUGCCGCCCCCGCGGUUCAAACUGCGCCACCUGCUUUAUCCACAUAUCCAGCUCCAGCGUACCCGCAGUAUGAUAUGGCAAUGAUAAUGCAAUAUCAGCAGGCAUGGCAGCAGUAUUAUGCAGCAAUGAUGUCGUACCAAGCACGGCCUAUGAUCCAACCACCAUAUUUCCGUCCAACGGUUGCUGCAACUGUUCAGCGGACACCGCCAGCAGUUCCAGUCCAACCAAAUGCAGUGCAAGGUCAUUUUGAAUAUUCCGCUCCGCGUCAAGCGCCUCCACAACAAGUAGCGCAAACGCCAGGAUUCGGUCGCUUCAUGGCACCGGCUCCAGGACAUUGCAACAUCCCAACAAGCAACAACGCAUCAGUUCCUGCAAGCGCCAACCAGCCGAUGCCGUUCGAUAACAGUGCUUCAGCUCCUGUGUAUCAGAGAAUACCUCAAGCGGUACCAAACUCACAGAUGAGCAAAGGAGGAGACGACAAUCGUAACAGUGGUCCAGUAGCUUCUGCAGAAGACUCAUAUAUUCCGAACAGCGAGAAGUGCAAGAGUCUCGAAGCUGGGAAUACACCUGGUGGCAUUGAGCAACAAGUUUUCGGGAAUCUCGAUAGUUCUGGAUACGGAAGUCAUAGCGAUGCUUCUGGUAGCGCAGGCGACAGCUUCACUGAUGCUUCACAGGGAGGCUGCUACGGAUUUUAUGGUGCCAGAGGAUGGGGACGAGGUGCUUCGCGUGGCAUAAACAAUGAAUUUAGUGGCGGUGGGCAAGCAGGUCGAGGUGGCCCUUUUGGUAACGGAAACGAUGGAUUUGCUGGCUUUGGGAUAGCAGGCUAG